UUGUCCAGUGAACACAGCGACAUGGCUCCAUCCUUCCUCAGCAUCUCCCUCCUCUUCAUCGGCGUCCACGCAGCAGAUGGAUACAUGGAGGUUGUGGUGGAGCGUUGUCUCUUUAACUCCACGGCGAUGAAGGACAUCGAGUACAUCAGGUCUGUCUACUUCAACAAGUUAGAAACUCUCAGGUUCAACAGCUCAGUGGGGAAGUUUGUCGGCUUCACUAAACAAGGACAGAAGGACGCUGAUUACUGGAACGAACAAGAUAAUUAUCUGUAUAUGAUGCGCAAUAAGAAGAGCAUCUGUCAUUACCACAUCCAGAUGGGUUACGACAAUGUUCUGACUAAGUCAGUUAAGCCCUACGUCACGCUGCACUCUGAGACCCCCCCUGGUGAUGGACCUUCAUCCAUGUUGGUCUGCAGCGUCUAUGACUUCUACCCCCAGACCAUCAUAGUGAGGUGGACCAGAGACGGACAGCCAGAGACCACCGGGGUCACUUCCACCGACGAGCUGGCAGACGGGGAUUGGUACUACCAGACCCACUCCCACCUGGAGUACACGCCCAGGUCUGGAGAGAAGAUUGCGUGUGUGGUGGAGCACAUGAGUCUGAGUAAACCUCUGGUUACCAACUGGGACCCGUCCAUGCCCGAGUCUGAGAGGAACAAGGUUGCCAUCGGAGCCUCGGGACUGAUCUUGGGUCUGACUUUGUCUCUGGCUGGAUUCAUCUACUACAAGAGGAAAGCCACAGGACGGAUCCUGGUCCCCAGUCACUGAACCCGGUCCUGGUCUUGGUUGUGGUCCUGCUUCUCGUCAGCUGGAAGGAAAAGCUGGAUCGACACCUGGACUCUGGAUGCUGGGGGCCCUGAAAGCAGGACUCUGCUUCUUUUACGUGUGAUUCUCAGCUUUUCUGUGUGAAAUCAAUAUCAACGACUCAAUAACUCAAUCAUGUGAUUCUUACAGUCAUAUAUUUUUACUUGCACUUAUUGUACAUCGCUUUGGAUAAAAGCGUCAGCUAAAUGACCUGUAAUGUAAUGUAAUGUUUACUGCAAUGAAACCUUUUCUAAACACAAUAAACCAUC